AGUAGAACUGAGUGGAUUAACGCUAUGCUUCUCCUUUCUUCUCUUCUUCCUCGAAACAGAGAAACACAAACAACAUAGAAAAACAAUGACAACACACAGAGACAAAGAAACAACCUCAUCACAUUCUCCAAACAUGAAAACCAUAAUGGAUCAUAAUCUUCCCCUCCGUCUCCUCAGAUCCGACAUAGUAACACCCGCUCCCACUUUCUCCCAUUCAUCAAUCGAUUUCCUCCCUAACUUUGCAGGUUACUCAUGGAUCGCUUAUGGAGCUUCUUCAAUUCUCGUUAUCACUCAUUUCCCUUCUCCUCUUUCCACUCAUCAAACACGAAUCGGUCCCAUUUUUCGUCAAUUCUUUGAACUUUCAUCCCAUCAUUCUUCCCCCGUUUCCGCUGUUUCUUGGUCCCCCCAAUUACCUUCCUCCGGUCAACUUGCUGCUGCUGCUCAAAAUUGCAUCUGGGUUUUCAAUCAUGGUUCUGUCACGUCUAAAGGUUCUUUUUGUUGGAGCCAGAAUGCAGUGCUUGUACAACGUACAAAAGUGGAGACCAUCAGAUGGACAGGAUCAGGGGAUGGAAUUGUUUCGGGUGGAAUGGAAGUCGUUUUCUGGAAAAAGAGUAACCGAUGUUGGGAAAUCGCAUGGAAGUUUAAAGCAGAUCUGCCCCAAACACUUGUAAGUGCAACCUGGUCUAUCGAGGGCCCUUCAGCAACUGCCGCACAUCCUAGUAAAGAACAGAUUGAAGGGUCCUUCAUCAGUCAAGUAAGCAAAUGCGUAUUAGUAAGUCAGAGAAAUGGACUAUCUGAAUAUUCGAAAGCCGAACUACAGCAUCCUCUACCUGUUGUGAUGGUUCAAUGGAGACCAUCUAGUGGAAGGCUAUCAAAUAGAUAUGGUAGCUAUUCAAAAAGGAAUGUAUUACUGACAUGCUGCUUAGAUGGAACUGCAAGGUUAUGGAGUGAGAUUGAUAAUGGAAAGGCCAAGAGGGCUGGGAAGAACAUUGGGUGCUCUUUUUGUGUUGUUGCUGUUAUUGAGAUUAAUCAGUGUUUAAAUGGAAUUCUUGGUUCGGAUAUAUUUGUGACAUGGGGGACGGAAAUCGAGGGGAUAUUUAGAAGCAGUGAUGAAGGAGACAAACAAAAGUUUUCAAAAGAAGGAUUUGAGUACGAUGUUAGAAAAUGUGACUGGUUAGUUGGAUUUGGUCCUGGAAUGUUGCUUAGCUUUUGGGCUGUCCACUGUCUUGAUGAUGUUUCUCCACUGAGAUUCCCUCGAGUUACAUUAUGGAGGAAACAUGAACUCCGGAGCCACGACAUAGAAAAUAUUUAUAAGUUUGACUCAUCUGAUUUUAAAAACGCAUUACUUCUGCAUAAAGUCAUUAUAUCAAGAAACUCCUUGUCUGGUCCACCGAGUUUAUUCUCUCCACUUCAGCUUUUACCUUGUAAUUCCUUAGUUUGGUCAUUUUUCCGUGUUCAAGAAAUAUGUGAUGCUGUUGAGAACUCCCUCGGUAACAGUAAAAUAGAUGAAAUGUCGUCCCAUUUAAAUGGCGGGUCUUUAAACUUAGAUGGACACAGUGGGAAAAUAUUGAAGGUUUCAACUCAUCCUUGUAUUUUCGAAGCUCAAGUUGCUGCUUCUCUGGAUUCUAAUGGACUGCUUCUUUUUUGGUCGCUUUCUAAUAUUUCAAACUCUAUUCUGGGAUGUCCAACAUUGGUUCCUGCUUGGGAACUCUGUGGAAAGCUUGCAACUCAAAACUCAUGCUCCUUGUAUACAAGCUUGACAUGGUCACCUUCAAUACUUGAUGAGCAACUGGUUUUUUUUAUGGGACACACCAGGGGGAUUGAUUGCUUCAUACUCAAUAUUAGUCGAACUGAAGAAGAAAACAUCGAAUGUCACUAUCUAUGCACUAUUCCCUUCACUGGUCAUGGUCCUUACGAGCAUGGCCCGUGCGAUAUAUUUGCAAUUCCUUUGAACUCUACAUGUAGUAAAACAUUUCGUAAUAAUAAAAUUAUGCUAUUGGCAAUUUGGACGGGGAAAUUUCAGGCCAUAUCAUGGGAAAUUAACUUGCACUCCUUUGACAUAUCGACAAGCUGUUGUGAAUGUAAUUUUGAUGCUAAAAGCCUUGAUGACAACAGUGUUUGGGCAUUUGAAAGUACAUUUGCUGGUAAAAGAUAUUGCAUUACUGUAAUUCCAUGUUCGUCCGAGUUUCCGAGUUCCAAUGAUUUGGUUGCUAGUUUUGCAGUGGCGGAUCCUGGCACCCUGAGUCACAGACAAAAGGAGUUUGGCUUUACAAAUGAUCUUUGUAGCAACUGCCCGGCAUAUAUCAUGGCCACAGGCUGCUUUGAUGGUAGCUUGAAACUUUGGAAAAGUAACCGUGGCAAUCCAUUGGCCCUACACUUGCCAUGGGAGCUUGUGGGUAUGUUUAUUGCACAUGAUGGCCCUGUCAAGGGUAUAUGUUUUACUAAUUGUGGUCAGAAAGUUGCUACAUUCUGCAAAAGAACCGAUUUGAAUGAUGUCAAUACUGUCCAUAUAUGGGAUGCUGUAAAUCUGAUUAUUGCAGGGACUUUUAUUUUAGAAGAUACACUAAAGCUUGAAAGUGAUGUUAUUACUCUCAAGUGGUUAACUUUAGGGACUGGUGAGUUUUUGCUUGGAGUUUGUUUGCAAAAUGAAUUGCAAGUAUAUGCUCGGAAGCGUUAUGACUGUCUGACUUGGUCAAACUCAGUAAAUUUUCCGAAAUUAAAUGUAUGGGUUCACAUUGCAUUUGCUCAAACUUCCCUUCCAAUAAAUGAUUUCUUAUGGGGACCUGGGGCUGCUGCAGUGGUGAUUCAUGGAAAUUACUUCAGUAUAUUUAGUCAUUGGUUGUUCCAUGUGGAUAAAAAGCAAAAGAGUAAUUUUCGUUCUUGUGACUGUGAAGCAUAUGAAGACAUCAUUUCUGCAGUUUUUACUGAUUGUGACACUGGUGCUUUCGGAGAGCUUUCAAAUGGAGACAGUAGUGCAGAUUGUGGUUCCAAGCAGUCCAUCACAAAUAAUAUGAAGGACAAUAACCUACACAAUAGCUUGUUUCUGGCCAAGGAACAAUUAAAGCAUGAACUCCUUAACAAGGUUGGUUUGUGGAGCAUCCUAGAAGUAGCUGAGCUGAUUAGUGGAUCUUUGCCUACUUAUCACCCUGAUGUACUUCUUACCAAUAUAAGUUCAGGCAACUGGAAACGUGCAUAUGUAGCUGUUAAGCAUUUUGUUGAAUGCUUGAUUUCUAAUAAUGAUCCUAAAAAGAGACAGAUCACCAAAAAGAAUGGUCUUCCAAGUAUCAUAUUGUCACAUUAUCUAGAAGGCCGUUUGUCUAAAGGUUCACAAGAUAAGGGAUUUAAUUGGAGUGGGGACGUUGCUUCAAUCAAUUCAUUUUCUCAGACUCAAAGUAGCUUGAUCCAGUUUCCUUAUCAUUCAGAUUCCAGUGCUGAAAAUAAAAGCAGUUCUACCUCUACUAGAUCUGAACUUAAUGGCUUUAUUGAAUACUUAGAGAAUUUUCCUGAUGUAUCACAUUUGAUCAACAUAGAGAGGACAGAGAUUCUCUCAAUCAUUGAUCUGCUCAGUGAAGUUAGUAAUCCAGACUCGUCCUCUGCAUAUCAAAGUCUUGAUGAACCUGGACGAAGGUUUUGGGUUGCACUAAGGUAUCAGCAACUGCUUUUUCGAAGAAAGUUUGCUAGAGCUGCAUCUGUCGAAGAGAUGAUCAUUAACUCCAGGUUGUUCGUAUGGGCUUACCACUCUGAUUCUGUAGAAAAUUUAUUUGGUUCUGUCAUACCCAAUGAACCAUCGUGGCAAGAAAUGCGUGCUUUGGGUAUGGGCUUUUGGUAUGCUAGCAUACCUCAAUUGCGUGCAAGGAUGGAGAAAUUAGCAAGAGCACAGUAUUUGAAGAACAAAAAUCCCAAGGAUUGUGCAUUGUUGUAUAUUGCAUUGAACAGAAUUCAAGUUUUAGCUGGCCUUUUCAAAAUCAGUAGGGAUGAGAAGGACAAGCCUUUAGUGAGUUUUCUCAUGCGUAAUUUUCAGGAUGAGAAAAAUAAAGCUGCUGCUUUAAAAAAUGCUUAUGUCUUAUUGGGAAAGCAUCAGCUGGAAUUGGCUGUUGCUUUCUUUAUGCUUGGAGGUGAUAAUUCUUCUGCUAUAAAUGUUUGUGCUAAGAACCUUGGGGACGAACAGCUUGCACUAGUCAUUUGUUGCCUUGUUGAGGGCCGUGGUGGACCAUUGGAGCGUCACUUAAUUACAAAGUAUAUAUUUCCGUCUGCAAUCGAUAGAGGAGACUACUGGCUGGCUAGCCUUCUUGAGUGGGAAAUGGGUAAUUACUAUCAAUCUUUUCAUAGAAUGCUAGAGUUUUCAGUGAACACUGUGGCUCCAGAGUCCUCCAUCAUGUCCAAUUCUGGUUCUUUUAUGGACCCUACUGUUGGUUUUUAUUGCCAUAUGCUUGCAGCAAAGAAUACCACCCGGAAUGCUGUAGGAGAGCAAAAUUCUGCCAUCCUUUUAAGGUGGGCAACUUUGAUGACAGUUACUGCCCUAAAAAGAUGCGGUAUUCCUCUUGAGGCAUUGGAGUAUAUCUCAUCUUCACUGAGCAUGCUUGGGACUGCAGAUCAAGAUAAUGAAUUGGGUGACAGGCACGAUGUUUUGUCCAGUACAUUAAAGCCUUUGCCAAGAAAAUCCUCUAACUGGUUGUCUGCUGAUGUAUCUGUGCAUCUGGAGUUUCAUGUUAAAUUGAAUUUGUCACUUUGCUACUUAUCGAAACUAAUAAGAGAGCAUCCAAGUUGGCCUGACACUUUCACAGAACCCGAUGGAGAAGCCUCUUAUUCUGAAGAGUACUUGAUACUAUAUGUGAAAUCAAAUGAAAAUUUUAAACAAAAGUUAUAUACAGGGCUUGAUCUAUUGGAACAGAAGUUUUUAUUGACUCCGUGCCAUCUGAUCAGCAUGAUUUUACUCUUACUUUGCCAUUAUGGACUAUGGUACAUUGGGUAUGAUGUUACAGAUGGAAGCACUCUAGGAGAACUGUCUCAAAAGAAGAGUGAUAUAUUUGAUGUUUCCGAGUUAUCUCAUUCUCAGUUCAAACCCCUCUUUAAAACUGCAGAAGAAAUCUCCUUUUUGUAUUCAAGAUUUUUUUCUGCCUGCGGAAUGGAAUAUUCUCAACAGAGUUCAACUCUUGAGCAAGGAGCAUCGACUGAUAUUACAUCUAAAUUUUUGGAUGCUUCAAAAUGUCACUUUGAAGGUCUUUUCGUUUCAUUGUGGUAUUUAAGAGCUGUUUUGAGGAGUCAAUUGAGGUAUAUUAGCAAAGAUCUUGUCGAGAAGCAUCUUGAAAUCCUUGAUUUAUUUGAAUAUUAUUUACAUUUUUCAUUAGCUUGGCUUCGUAGAAACGCAGAAGCCCUUUUAUUUAUGGUGCAAUCUUUCUUGAUUGCACCUGAUGGUUGUAAUCCUUAUGAGGUUGAUAUGGUGAAUCUGAAGAAGCUUAUCCCUGAAGCUGCACAGUUGUUGGCUCAAAAUUCUUUCAUAACUAAUAUAAAAAACCUUCAAGUAUCCAAAUGUGCAGAGGAUAAAAUAGGUGCAGAUAUAAAGUGUCCAGUUCCUGAUGAUGAAAGAUGGAAGAUUCUAGGGACCUGCUUGUGGCAGCAUAUGUCUAGAUUCAUGAUAUCUAAUUUGAAUUUGGUUCUUGCUAAACUUGAAGAUGAGAAAUUAUCUGGUUCUUUCUACAGAUAUAGGGAAUCUGCAUCUUCUCCCAAAAAUAUGGAUUCUGAUAGUAUCAGCUUGCCAGAGCAGAUUCUAUUAGUCACAUUUAGCUUAUGUGAUUUACUGACAACAACAGUUACUCACAUUUCUUCUUAUCAUGUUAAACAACAUGCGGAAUUUCUGUGGCAGAAAUUGGAGAAGGAUUCAAAUGUUAUGACUCUUGAAUGGUUAAAACAGACAAGUCAAUCAGAAUCCAAUCAGAAUGGAAACCUGGAUGUUUCGGAAUUGGUGAACAGGAAAGAUAACUCUCUCGUUCAUCAGUUUUUAUGGGAUCAUUGUGCUGAUCCCAAAUUGAUACGCGACUGCUUUGCACAAGAAAAACUCAAUUGGUCAAAGGAUUUGGACCAUAAGCCUACUAAAGGAUGGAAUGACCUGUAUACAAUUAUGACAGGAUUGCAAAAUACUCAUGACUCACAGCAUGAUGAAUGCAAAGUUAGCAAAAUAUCUGCUAAUCAUGAAGCAGGAUCUCCUGUUAAAGGAAUGUCUCCAAGUGGUCAUGCUUCUCCAAGAUCUAACCAGAAAGAUAUAACUUGUGCAAAUAUUGAAGACUUUAAGAAUCCCAGAGAAAUUUACAAGAGAAAUGGAGAACUUUUGGAGGCACUGUGUAUAAACUCAACCAAUCAACAUGAAGCUGCAGUUGCUAGCAACCGGAAGGGUAUAGUAUUCUUUCACUUGGAAGAUGGGAUUCCUUUUAGUAGUGAAGCAGACCUUUUGUGGACCAAAGCCGAUUGGCCACAAAAUGGAUGGGCAGGUUCAGAAUCCACCCCUGCUCCUACUUGUGUUUCUCCUGGUGUUGGCCUUGGGAGCAAGAAAGGGGUACACCUCGGUCUCGGUGGAGCAACUGUCGGUAUGGGUUCUUCAGCUUGGCCUAGCAGAGACUUGACAGGCGGUGGAGCAUUAGGAGCGCUAGGUUAUGCUCGUAUUGGUGCCUCUGGACUGGGUUGGGAAACUCAACAAGACUUUGAAGAUUUUGUUGAUCCACCUGCUACUUUGGAGAAUACAAGUACCAGGGCUUUUUCUAGUCAUCCAAUGAGGCCUUAUUUCUUGGUUGGUUCAAGCAAUACACACAUUUACUUGUGGGAGUUCAAUAAGGACAAAGCUACUGCUACAUAUGGAGUGCUGCCUGCUGCCAAUGUCCCUCCGCCUUAUGCUCUUGCGUCAAUUUCAGCUUUACAAUUUGACCACUUUGGACACCGUUUUGCCAGUGCUGCAUUGGACGGGACCGUCUGCACAUGGCAGCUGGAGGUAGGAGGAAGGAGCAAUGUUUGUCCAACAGAAUCAUCCCUCUGCUUUAAUGGCCAGGCAUCGGAUGUCACGUACUUUUCCUCUAGUGGAUCAAUAAUAGCUGUGGCUGGAUAUAGUUCUAAUAGUGUUAAUGUGGUUAUAUGGGAUACUUUAGCUCCACCUUCAACUUCUCGAGCUUCCAUUUUAUGUCAUGAAGGUGGUGCACGCUCCCUUUCUGUAUUUGACAAUCAUCUUGGAAGUGGUUCUGUUUCCCCUCUUAUUGUGACUGGUGGUAAAGGUGGUGAUGUUGGACUUCACGACUUCCGCUAUAUAGCUACUGGAAAGGCUAAAAGGAACAAACGUUCCGAUAGCAUUGGAAAAAGCUCUCUCACAUCUUUGUCUUAUGACAAGGACCAUAAUGUAGAUGGGAUGCUUUGGUAUAUUCCAAAGGCACACUCAGGGAGUGUCACAAAAAUAGCUACCAUCCCAAAUACCAGCUUGUUUUUGACUGGAAGCACAGAUGGAGAUGUCAAGCUCUGGGAUGCUGAGAGCACCAAGUUAAUACAUCACUGGUCUAAGAUACAUGAAAAACACACUUUUCUCCAAUCCGGCUCUCGUGGAUUUGGCGGCGUUUUUCGGGCUGCUGUUACGGACAUUCAAGUUGUUCCCCAUGGUUUUCUUACCUGCGGUGGUGAUGGAAGUGUAAAGCUUGUACAGUUGAAAAAUCACCUGCAUGGCUUCAGGGAUGAGUAAUGAUACUUUUGAGAUGCUUUAUUAUUGAUGUUAAUCUCUAAUAUUUCCCGAAAUGCCUCUGAAAGUGGUCAUCAAUAAGAGGUGGUUACAUUUGGUUUUGACAAACUUGCAUAAGAAAAAUGUGCACAUUGCCGAAGCCACCGUCUAUUUCGAGGUAGGAUUCUUCAAUAUUAUGUUCAUAUCUAAAAGAGGCAGAACAUAACUUCAUCUGGGGCGGCAAAUAGUCCUUAAACAUGGGAAAGCAUUUCAUCAUGGAAUAUCAACAUGAACAUGUCAUGCUAAUGAACCUCAUUGCUUAGAAUUUAUGUGUUCAUUUUAGUUAUAGUCAUUCAUUCUUUCUGUAUAGUAUAAAAUCUUCAAUCCAAGCCAAGCAUUGAAAAUUCUAUGUAAUGAAUACAUCAAGCCUGGAACAAAUUUUGAAAAGAAUUAGUCUUGUAAUAUUUUGUGUCUUACCUGAAUGUUAAUUUGAAAUUGUUCAUGCAGAUCAUUUAUGAAUUUAAAGUAUUUAUAUGGUUCUCGUUUGGUUA